UACAACUAACCCUAAAAAGUGAACCUACCUUCGUCGCCUCCUGCAGAGAAACCAAGAGUAUCCGUAAUCGACGAUGGGGAAGGUGCACGGUUCAUUGGCUCGUGCCGGUAAAGUGAGAGGUCAGACACCGAAAGUAGCUAAGCAGGACAAGAAGAAGAAGCCCCGUGGCCGUGCUCACAAGCGUUUGCAACACAACCGCCGUUUCGUCACCGCCGUUGUUGGCUUUGGCAAGAAGAGAGGACCAAACUCAUCAGAGAAGUAGACAUGAACUGUUUCACCUUUUGAUUAUGGUUUUCUGAUUAUUUUUAAUGGCUCGUUUGUCUAUCAACAAAGCCAAUGAAUGUUGUUGAGCCAAAAAUGUUCUUCUGAAACAAAGUUUCAAACUUUUUUUUUAAAAUAUUUGUAUUUUAUGCCAUGA